GAAUCGAAAUUGCUCGACUAUGUCAACGACACGAAACACUUCUCCAUGCUACGCAAUUUACACAUGGCAGACUACGUGACCCUUGUGAAUGGCUUUUCAGGCGUCAUGUCCAUCUUCUCUUCCCUUCGAUACUGUGCUUCCCCCGUUACCAGCUACCUCUACGCUGCCAUGCUUUGGAUCGCACUCGGCACAUUCGCUGAUGUCAUGGAUGGCAAGAUUGCAAGGAUGCGUCACAAGUCAUCGCUCGUUGGGCAAGAACUCGAUUCCCUUGCUGAUUUGGUUUCCUUUGGUGUUGCACCAGCAACUGUUGCAUUUGCCAUGGGCAUGCAAACGGUCUUGGAUCAAAUCCUGCUCGGUGUGUUUGUCUUGUGUGGCUUGACGCGGCUUGCACGAUUCAAUGUGACGGUGGGGAGUAUGAAGAAGGAUGAAACGGGCAAGAUUUCGAGUUUUGAGGGAACGCCCAUUCCAACGUCGUUGCUACUCGUUCAAGUCAUGGCAUUUUGGACAUUCAAGGGAUGGGUGAGAGAGGCAUUGCCUUUGGGCGUAUGGAACGUGCUUGGUUUGGAAGUACACACGGCGACGUUGUUGUUUACGUUGCUGGGUGCUGCGAUGGCUAGCAAGACACUCAAGAUCCCAAAACUCUAA